UGGCCGCGCCCAUGAGAAAAAUCGGUGGUCUUCUUCGAUUUUUGGUUUUACCGGCCGAAUUAAGAUUAACAUGCAAACUUUUACGCUCUAACUAUUCACCUACGUACCAGAGAAGAUAUUUGUGGCAUUGGCUUAAUUCUGUAUUCAACAGAAUUGAUCACGAAAGGGUUAAAGAGGUUGGUCCUGAUCGUGCCUGUGCAGAAUGGCUUCUCAGAUGUGGUGCCCAUGUCAGGUGGUGUGAUGCUGAAAAGUUUGAAACAGAUUAUAAUCGCCUGCCCCUUGGUAAUUAUCGGAAGUACAAAAUUGAGGAGGUGAAUGCGGAUGAGGCUGCAAUAAUGGGACUGGGAUUUGAACAUUUCAAUAAUGUGAAGCAUUUAAAGAAGAUGCGCUUCCAUUUCUGCAGCUACCUCGAGGACGAUGCGAUGCAAGAGCUAACUCGACUUAAGGAUAGCUUGGAACAUCUUGUUAUAGGGAGCUGUGGUGACAUCACUGAUAGGGGAUUGGGGGCAUUAUGUAAUCUUCAUUUAUUGAAAUCCUUGACAUUGUACAACCUACCAGAAGUGAAGGACAAGAAAGGAUGCAUAGAUCUCCUCCAGAAGUCUUUACCUCAGUGCACAAUUGAGUUUGUAGAACUACCUACUAAGUUGGACAAGCCAGAAAAGACAUAAUCCAUGUGCUUCAUUCUAACCUGGCAUCCUCAGUGACAAGCUGAACAUGAUUUGUUUUUGAAGGACAAUGUGGUGCAUUCAGAGUUUUCAGGAAAACUGGAGGACAUAUCUGAAAUAAGAGGCUGCAGUUGAGAGUUUCUGGAUCCGUGGGGCGUCCUGCCAGAAAGGAUUCACAGUUGUUAUUUGUGUUUAGGUGCUUAUGAGAUAUGAUGUGUCAUAUAUGCAAAGACUAUUGCAGUGUUAAUAAUAAAAUAAAAAUGUAUUCAGCUCUAAAGAUGUUGUUGAUUUCUGA